UGUUUCAUAUAUUGUAUAUAUAUUUUUUUUUUGUUAGACUUUUCAUUUGAUAAGUCUCAUUGCUCUUUUCGUCACAUUAAACAACACACACACGAUUUCAGAGAUAACGGCCAAGCAGGUUGUGUCUGUGUUUAUCGGAACUCUUUCCUGCCUGCCCGGCAGCCUGCUUCCACCCACCAAUUACUCUGACUCCCCAUUCAUACACGGUUGGCUCUCGUGCAAUCGAAACCGUUAAAAUAAUUAUCAGUAUUGGUUGAAAAUUCUAUACUGAUAAUAACAAACGAUUCACAUAGCCUACACAGUACAUAUGUAGGUGUGGUGUCAGUCAGUCAGUGGCAUUUAAAUCGAAGACUGAACAAGAAGUCAUUUCCGAAAACGAAAAUUAAAAUCAAAUAAACGAACAACAAAAUGUGUAAAGCUUGUUGGGAAGUCAUCAAAUGUCCUGGAAAGGUUUUAUGCUGUUGCUGUGAAUGUGCCUGCAAUAUGCUAAUGGGAUUCAUUUGUUCUGCAGUAGUUCUUCUGGUGGUAAUCGGUCUCAUUGUGUACUUCACAGUCUACUAUAACAAGGAUAGUGGUGGUUCAGAUGAUGGCCAGAAAAUGGCCGAACAACUAAUUAAGCAAGCCCCCCAGAACUUUAGAGACCUCUUCAAGCCACUUAAUUAACUAGCUGUCUAAUAAUAUCCGCCUCAUCCAUCCCUUGUACUAAAUUCCAUUUAUCUGUAAGCUGUAUAUAUAUAUACAUACACAUAUAUAUAAUAGAACUGGUCUAAGGUUAGCAUAAAUAGCAAAAUUGCAAAGUGUACACUAAGUAUUUUGAGUACGUAAACAUUUAUCUUUUGAAGAAUAUACGACAAGCCAAAACUAAUCUAA